CGUGGAUCACAAUUCUUCUUUACAGUAAAAGUAAAGUUGGGAACCAUGUCACCUGAGCUAGUUGAACAGAAGAUGAGUCCAUGGCAUGGGCGACACAUUUUGUUUAUCGAUACUUUGCAUGACACGACCGGAGUAGCCAAGUCUCUCGAAGAAUUGAAAUUACGACCAAAGUUGGCUAGUUCCGUUGAGGAAGCAGCUAUUAUAGCAAGUUCCCGCAAUAGUGAUUCACCACUGUUUGAUACAGUUAUCGUGGAUGAUUUGGCUAUUGUUGAGCCUCUUCGUGAGAUUUCACAUCUUCGAUACAUUCCUGUCGUAUUAUUGGCACCUCAGAUACCCAAUCUCAACAUGAAAAACUGCAUAGAUCUUGGAAUAACAUCAUACAGCAAUACACCCGCAACUUUGCCUGAUUUAAUGAAUGCUCUUCUCCCUGCACUUGAAUCACAUGCAACAGUGCCCAGCGACUUUACGAGACAUCAACCUAUAGAUAUUCUAUUGGCUGAAGAUAACAUUGUUAAUCAAAAACUGGCUGUUAAAAUAUUAGAAAAGUUUGGCCAUCGGGUAGAGAUCGUACCAAACGGUAAAUUAGCCGUGGAAGCAUUCAAAUCCAAACGAUAUGACUUGAUUCUUAUGGAUGUUCAAAUGCCAAUAAUGGGAGGAUUUGAAGCAACACAAAACAUCCGAGAAUGGGAAAAAGGACAUGGCAGACGCAUUCCUAUAAUUGCCUUGACGGCACACGCAAUUAUAUGGGAUAGAGAUAAAUGUCUAUUGGCUGGCGUGGACGAAUAUGUGACGAAACCAUUAAGAAUGAACGAUCUUAUAGCCACGAUAAAUAAAUUUCCUGUAAGAAAUCCAAUAGUAGAGGAUUUGGCAAUAUCAGAUGAGCGAAACGCCUGCCAAGUGUAA